GUGCACUUGAGAUCAUUGAAAACAUAAAGCUUAGCGAGGAACGGACUUGGUAUUCAGAAGUCAAGUUGUUAGAGCAGAAUUACACGGUUUACUAGGACAACACUGAAGAUUUGGAAUCAUGGCGGUCACGAAUUUCCACUACAUUACUCGGAUGAGCAGUGGCUUUAAAGUGUACAUAUUGGAGGGUCAACCCAAUCUGAGAAGCGAAGACAGAUUUCGACACAUGACAAGCGACAGGAUGCGUAUGCGCCCCGCACAUCCAAUAAAGCGCAAGCACAGUUCAGAGAGAGGACGAACUCUUGAAGAAAGAAGGGAGAGGGCCCUAAGUAAGAGCCUGGCCAACAGUGUUCGCAGAUCAUCUGGGUUCAGUAUUCCUGAAAGUCCUACAUCCACAUGGAGCCCAACAGCCAGUCCGACUCACCUGAUCCCCAGCCCAAUGUACUCCACCCCAGUGAUGGAUGAGCCUCUAGCCCUAAUCAAAAAACCACGCCCAGAACCGGAGAAAACAGAAAGCCAGAGCAAAACUACAACAGUCAGACAAAUACAGGUACGACCUUCUGUAAUCACAUGCGUGUCCUCUGCAACAAGAUCUACGAGAAAGCCCGGAGACUGCUGCGAUCAUUCUACGAUUGUUGCCCAGCAGAGUUAUGACCACGUCGAAGAGCAUUUCCAGAGGAGUCUUGGGAUGAACUACCACAGGGCUGCAUCCAUCAGCGUCUCUGUAGACGACCACUUUGCCAAAGCGCUGGGUGAUAAAUGGCUCCAGCUCAAAGGUUCGACUUCUUCGUGCAACUCCUCCUCUUCUUCAUCGUCUUCCUCAUCCCCACCCAGCAGUCCAACCUUCAUCCACUCGCCCAGCUACGGCCAGAGUCCCAAAAGGGCCCGCAAAGACACAGUUAGCCCUUCUACGACCACACCCAACAUGUGGUCUGAUAAAUGAAGAGGAGAGAGACGAAAGAUGUAGAUAUGGACAUGUAGAACCUGUGCAUUUUCUGCUGUAAAAAAAAAGCCAAAGGGAGAGAUUGAUUCUUUGAUGGCCAGUGAGUACAGUGAGUUCAUGUGUGGCAAUGGUUGCUAACACUUUAUGAGCGGAUUGUGAGCAAGAGCUGUAAAAUUUCCUCUCAGCGUAGAUGUCUACGUGAAGCUAUUCAAUGCUUUUUCACUUUCAGAAAAACCAAUUAUUUCAUGAUAGCAAAGCAUUGUUUGUAAUGGCUUUAACUUUUGUCAUUGGUUGUGUGGGCGCCGCUAAUUUUUAUUCGUUGACUGUGAUUGCACUGAUUUUUGCUUAUUACAUUUCACUUGUCUGUUGUAAUCUUUACUCUGAUGUACGUUAUGUGUAAGUAUGUACAUCAGGUCUGAUGUAUGUAUAUUUAUAAAAGACGGUAUACCAAGACUGUGUGACCCAAAAAGAGUCAAAAUAGGCCAAGAAUUACAAGGUCGGAAAGUUUCAUGUUUUUAUUGCAAACAAAUGCCUAAAAUGAGAGUUGGGUAAACACCGCUGUUCAUUUCAAACACUGUUUAGAUUUCAAGUUGUACUAUUCGACAACUUUUGUAAAUAUUUGUAAUAAAAACAAUUUUUAAACGCA